AUGAAUGAGUCUUCUGGUGCUGGUAAUAAUGAUGAUGAUGAUGAUGAAGAUUUGAUUGAUAUAAUGUUGACAGAGUUGGAUAAGGAUGAUUUCCAGUAUGGUUAUUCAAGGGAAACCAUUAUCAAAGCUACUAUGUUGACAAUAGUUUCAGAUGCUACACAUACCACAGCUGUUCACUUGAUAUGGAUCAUAGCCUGCUUGCUAAACAAUAAGCAGGUACUGGAAAAAGUCCAGGAAGAAAUCGAUACAAAGGUUGGUAGAGAUCGUUGGGUCGAAGAUUCAGACAUCAAAAACUUAAUAUACUUUCAAGCAACGAUUAAAGAAGUACUACGUUUAUAUCCACCAUCACCUAUGUUAGUUCACGAAGCCUUAGACGAUUGUCAAGUACUUGGCUACCACAUUCCAAAAGGCACACGUUUAUUUGUUAACGUGUGGAAACUUCAAAAAGACCCGAAAUUUUGGCCUGAACCGGAGAAGUUUUUACCACAGAGGUUCUUAACCACAAAGGCAAAAGUUGAUGUGUACGGUAAGGAUUUAGAGUUUAUUCCAUUUGGUUCUGGAAGACGAUCAUGCCCUGGGAUUACUAUGGCGAUGCAAGUGACCUAUCUUUCCAUUGCACGUUUGCUUCAAGCUUUUGAUUUUGAGACACUGGAUGAUGGGCCUGUGGAUAUGACUGAGGGCCCGGGUUUUACCGCCGUUAAAAAAACUCCACUGGAAGUUGUGGUAAAACCCCGUAUGCUUCCUCUAUAUUAUGGGGUUUAAUUUGUAAUGUUGAAUACCAUAAUUUGGUAUUUUUUGUUGUUUUAUUACCAAUAAUGUAAUCAAUUUGUUGAAGGUCGAUAAGAUUUAUCAUUUUUUUUUU